AUAUCACAGAGAUCGUGAAGUUCGCGGCUAUUCUGAGGAAGCGAGAUGUCGAAAGCAACCAAGGUGAAAUAUGUGCACCGUGAAGUUAUGGAAGAUUUCGUUCUGCCUGAGCCGCAUCAAAUGAUUGUCAAAGUGAUCGCGGGCCGCGGGAACAAUCUCCACGAAGUAGUCAACGAGGCAGGUGAUAAAUUCCUCGUAUCGAUGCCGGUGAAGUUCCGCAGGAACGUCUGGGUGAAACGCGGCGAUUUCGUCGUCAUUGAGCCCAUUGAGGAGGGGGACAAGGUGAAAGCAGAAAUUAUAUCGAUUCUGUACAAGCAACAAAUCAAAUACAUUAAGGAAGAAGGUCUGUGGCCCGAUGGCUUCUGCGACGGGAGCGAAAAGAGGAAUGGAGCUGGAGAUAAUGACGAAGAUGGAGAUGAGGAGGAAAUCUUCGUCAAUACCAAUCGAGUACAAACUACCUACGAGGAGUCAGACGAGGACGAUUCUAACGAGGAGGAAGAUGAGGACUCCGAUGACGCGGACGAAAGUUCUGUCGACGAAUCCGUCGACGAAGAGGGCUCAGUCGAAGAUGACGAUGAAGACGAGGAAGAUGAAGACGACGAUGAGGUCGACGAGCAGGAGGAGCCGCGAAAAGGCAAAGUUGUUCCUGGGCUCAAGAGAACAACGGCUCCCCUGUCGAAGAACAGCACGCCAGAGGCGAAGAAAGCAAAAUUACAAAAUGGUACUUCGAUGACCCCUCGAGGCAAUGGUGACGUGAAACGUGUUUCCGGAUCAGCGAAGGCCUCCCAGAGCUCGCAGAAUGCAGCCGCCCCUCAAAAGAACGAUUCUGCGAAAAAUCUUGUUGUAGAGGACGUUAGAGUCGGUUCGGGCCCCGUGGCCAAGAAAGGAAAGACCGUUCGUGUGUAUUACACGGGAACACUUCUCAACGGCAAAAAAUUCGACUCGCUAGUUGAAGGCAAACCAUUCCAAUUUAAGCUAGGCACGUCGUCUGUUAUCAAAGGCUGGGACGUAGGCAUUGAGGGAAUGAGGGUAGGCGGUAAACGACGCCUUGUGAUCCCCCCGAGCAUGGCCUACGGCAAGAAGAAGAUGGGACCCAUCCCGCCCGAUUCGACGCUUAAGUUCGAUGUUGAGCUCAAGGCUGUCGUUUGAAUUUGAAACACGCGAUUGGGAAGCAAUUCUUUGAAAAUGAUGAAUCGUUGCUUUUCCCCUCAUUUCCGAAAAUGUCUAUGUUCUGUACAUACUAUGUGUUGCUACGAAAUGUUUUUCCGCCUUGUCAGUAUACAGAACUCCUUGAUCCACCGAUAUUACUCGGCUCAAGUAUUGUACCGUGCGGAAUUGAGAAUAAAAUACCAAGUC